CGAAUUUUCCCGGCAGAAAAUCAACAGCUCUGCAAAUCACCUUGAUCAACCGCACCCGCUUUCCGUAAACUGCUUUCUUCCCGUUCAUCACCCUGAAACCCGUCCUACUCUCAUCUUUCAACCGACUCAGCUAAGCAUUUCCCAUGGCAGGGCCGCGCGCGCCCAUUGGCACACUCUCCCAGCACGCUGCAGCUGCAGCUGGCCUCGUGCGCGGCAUGGUCCCAAACAUAUUCGCCCGCGCCGACUCGGCCCGGGCUCGCAAGACCGACGAGCCUAUUGAGAGCGAGUCUGACAGCGACAGCGAAAGUUCCGCAAGCAGCGACGCCUCUGAGAUCGACGAGGAAUCGAAAGCGGAUGGCAAGGACUGGGCUGCUAAUUUGAAGGCGAAGAAAGCCACGUCAAAGAAGACCGCCGAGGGCAAGCCGAUCAAGAGUGCUGCAAUCACAUCGCCUGAUUUUAAGGCUAAGAGCCUGGAUACCAAGCCCGGCCUCAAGGAGGCGGAGGUUUCCGAAUCAUCUGCUAGCGAGAGUGAUAGCGAGAGCGAGGACGAGAGCGACGGCGACCUUGAAAUGGAGCUCAAAGACAUGAACAGCAGAAACGCCGACGCAAAGGAGCAGACGAAGCAAGAAACGGAGUCUGAUGUCGAUUCCAACAGCGAGUCCAGCGCCGAUGAACCAGAGUCCGCUCCAGAUGGAGCAAAAGUGUCUGGAAAGACAGCUCUCGCUUCGACGAACGGUGUCGCUUCAGAAGAGGAAUCACCCUCUGAGAGCGAGAGUGAGAGCGCCAGCGAAGACGAGCAGGAGGCUCGUCAGAAUUCUAAAGAGAAGGCACCGUCCGCCAGUGAGAGCGACGAUGAGAGCGAGAAUGAAGAUGAGCCGGAGCCGCCGCGGAAGCCCAAGGAGAAAGCGUCGACCCAGGGCUCUGGGGUUGCGAAGGAGGCUCUAAAUGUCAAAAAGGUCGCGCCUACCAAACCGUCAAAACAGUCGUCUGUCAAUGGGACGGCGAGGAGUCAGGAGUUUGUUAGCAAGUCCGAUAUGUCGGAUUCGGAGGACGAGGACGCGGCGCAGCCUAUGGCCAUCGAAAAGACGGGGGCGAAGACCCCGGUAUCGAUGCCCCGCGAGAUCGUUACCCAGGGCUUCCACCUUCGCAAAGCCGAUGAGGAUGUCGAUGCUGCUGCGGUUGCACAGGCUUUUAAGAAAGCAAAGGCCGAAGGCAAGCAGAUCUGGUACUUCACUGCGCCGAAAUCUGUCCCAAUCGAAGUCAUCCAGAAGCACACCAUACCCUUCGAAAAAAUCCAUGCAGGACAGCCGAUUCUCGCUCACGAAGGGGCCGAUUACACUGGCCAUUUUGAAGAGGCAGCCAACCAUGCGAUCAAGGUCCUCAUUCCCGGAAAGACGGGAACCAACUAUGAGACAUUGAACGAACACGUCAGUCAGGUCUUCCACAUCACGCGCGUGACGCGCUUCAAUGGAGACGAGAAGACCCAACCCACUCCCGCUGCAACAGCUGCGCCCCGACCCGUUGUCGCCAAUGCUCCUCGGCCGCAACCCAAGGGUCUGAAGGCUCGCUAUCAGCCUUUCGGUGUUUCCAACGGCGGUAAUGGUGAAGUUGGAUUGGGCCAGUCUUCUGACAGCGAGGAGGAUGUGGAGAUGACCCAGGCGCCGGCGCUGUUGACCAAUGCUGUGUCCGAUGCUAAAGCCGACACGCCGAAACAAGCGGCGAAGAAACGCAAGCUUGGCGACGUUGAGAAAGGCACACCUAGCCAAGGGGACGCUUCGAUAACUCCUGCCAAGAAGUCCAAGAAGGCCCGAGUUGACGACUCUAUCAAGAAGGGGACUGAGGCCGUAUCCACCAAAGCCAUUAGGCAGACCCCUAUCGCACCCCCUCCUGUGCCCUCGGUCGUAGCCAAAGCCGCUGCUUCGCCGGCACCGGCGCCCUCGUCUUCCGCCAGGAAGUCCAAGAAAGAUAAGGGCAAGAAGAAAGAUUCCGCUUCUGCGGAGAACACAGGAGGCUCAAAGAAGCCUGUGCCUGCAAAGGUCACACCCAUCUUACCUCCCGCCGUUCCUGGCGUGAAGAGUCCUUAGGUAUGCUCUUCAUCCCAAGACGCCAUCCAGGAGGGCAUCAAGGCCUGCAACAGCCCCAGCGGCUGGCAGUCUAUGUCGGAGCGCCGCAAAGCGGUUGAGGCCUCCCGGGCGUCGCAGCCUAACACUCCGACAAAGACUAAAAUCUCGUCCUUGACUCCGGUCCCGGUUCCUGGCGUGCGCCAGCCUUCUCGAGUGACUCCUACGAAGACCUGGAAGUUGCAGACUCCCGAUGAUAAAACGUCUCCAAAGGGCGCCUCCCAGGCUUCAGCCUCACCCCUCAAGAGCAUCCUGAAGUCGCCGGGCCGCGAUGGUGCGGUCGGUGGAAACGUGGGCCACUUGGAGUCGCAAGGCAAGAAAAGCAAGAAAAUAAAGAAGAAUCGGAGCCGCAAAAUCGUGUUCGCAGA